AUGAGUAACCCUCAAUUGGCUGACUGGGCAAAGGAAACCUAUGGCCUUCAGAAAGUUUCUGAUGCUUCUACAAUCUCGAAAAUUUUGAAGAGAGGAGACCAGGGCUUAAUAAUGCAAGCCAACCAAAUCGAAGAAGCAGUGAUUCUUUGGAUCAACAUUGCUGAAAAUAAUCAGAUUCCCAUCACUUGGGAAUUGAUUAAGACUAAAGCUACUAUUUUUGCUGAAAGAAUAGGCGUUAAUGAUUUUAAUGCUUCUCAAGGCUGGAUGGAGAAGUUUGGAAAGCAUCAUUGUAUCAAGAUGAAUCGAAUUCAUGGUGAGGCUGGUUCAACAGACAUAGAGUCGCUUCAGAUUGACAAGACUGCUAUCAAAGAGAAGAUAGAGGCUUAUAGUGCUUGUGACAUCUAUAACUUUGAUGAAACAGUACUUUUCUAUGCCGCCUCACCAAGAACAACAAUUUCCCGCCAGAAAUUUUCUGGUUGGAAGGAAAAUAAGAAGCGGCUUACAGUAGGCCUUUUGUGCAAUGCCGAUGGAACAGACAAGUGGUCUGACAUAUUGAUGAUUGGUCAUGCAAGAAGACCAAACUGUUUUAACAAAAACAAUAAAAAACAAGAGGCAGUAGAUCAUGGAUUUUCUAUGUAUCAUUACAACAGUAAUGCCUAUAUGACACAAUCAAUCUUCCAAGUUUUUCUCCAUCGCUUUGAUUGUUCAAUGAAAGCGCAAAACUGCAAAGUGCUUUUGAUCCUUGAUAAUUUCUCUGGCCAUAUAGUAAAUUAUGUGCCUACAAAUGUUGAGCUUCUUUUUCUGCCUCCAAACACCACGUCCCAUCUUCAGCCAUUGGAUAGUGGUAUCAUUUGGGCUUUUAAGGCUUAUUUCAAGCGUAAACAGUAUGCCAAGGCAUAUCAGUAUAUUGGCAUGAUUCAAAAUGACCAACAAAAUAAGAUUGGGGCCAUUGAUAAAAUCUUUGAAAUUGAUCAAUUGUGGGCCAUGAAAGAGAUAAGAGAGGUUUAG